AUGUACUCCACUCUCGUUUCCGUCGCUCUCUUCUCCGCGCUCGCCAUCCAGGGAGCUCUCGCCGACUUCACCGUCAACACCCCGGAGAUCGUCCAGUGCGUGCCCACGAAGCUCACUUGGGACAGCACUGGCGCCAAGUCGUACAACGUCAUCAUUGUCCCCAACGAUGACCCGUGCAACGGUGUUGUUGCCGAUCUUGGCGACCACACGAUCAACCACAUCACCUUCACCCCCACCCUGAAGGCGGGUGAUGAAGUCAUGGUCUCCGUUCUCGACUCGGAUGAGAACGAGGGCUGGAGCGGGAAGGUCACUGUCCAGGCGGGCAACGACACCUCGUGCAUUGCUGGCGCCUCCUCCUCGGUGGCGUCCUCCUCUACCGCGAAGGCAUCCUCCUCUGCGGCUCUGAGCGCGCUCGCUGGCACCACGUAA